AUGGUUAUGAAAAAUUAUUACGAUAUUUUAAAGGAUCAAGCAUUCGGAGGUUAUUUUGAAGGCCGCUCUCCUAGAUAUGUUCUCUGUGAUCCAGAAUUGAUAAAAACUAUAUCAGUUACUCAUGGUGACCACUUUAUCAAUAGAGGAACUUUCGAAAGUAAUCAAGCAGGGUACACUAGUAGAUCUUUAUUAAUAUUAAAGGGCGGAGAAUGGAAAGCAGUUCGAAGUUUGGUCACUCCUACAUUUAGUUCAGCCCGAUUAAAAAAUAUGUUUCCAUUAAUACAGACUUGUUGCAAUCAACUGGUAGACCUUAUAGCGAGGCAUGACAAAAAUGACAUUGAGUUAAAAGCUUUUACCGGACAUUUAACCCUGGAAGUGACAGGGGUGUGCGCUUUUGGGAUCAGCACUGAUAUUCUUAAAGAUGAAAACGCCGAGUACUAUAUGUUAGCGGCAGGUAAUAGUUACAUGUCUAUACCAAAAAGAAUAUUUCUCGCUUCCAUGCUACUGCUAAUGCCUUCUAUGCUUAAAUAUAUACCCAUAUCAAUAAUGGACGACGAAACAAACAGGAAAUUAGUAAAAAUUAUUCAAAAUUCUAAAGCUGAAAGAAGAUCUGGAUCGUCAAAGAGAAACGAUUUAUUGCAACUUUUAGUGGAUGCGUCUUUACAAGAAAAAGAAGAACUUUUGAAAAGUGGUCGACCAAAUAAAAUAUAUUUAGAUGACGAUACCAUAGAUGCACAAGCUUUACUCUUCUUACAAGCGGGUUUUGGAACAACUUGCACUUUGCUUACAUACGCGCUGUUUACUUUAGCGUUACAUACUGAUAUACAAGAUAAAUUAAGAGCUCACAUCCUAGAAGUCACUAAGGGCAAAGAAUUUUCCUAUGAUGAACUUGUGGAACUUGAAUACCUUGAAUCAAUUUUAAAUGAGACACUAAGAAUGUAUCCACCAGUUCCAAGAAUAGACCGUUGUUGUUCUAAGCCCUAUACAAUCCCGGGCACGUCUUUGGAUCUAAAGGUCGGUGACGUCGUCGUCAUACCAGUGUAUGGACUACACAUGGACCCUAAAUUGUACCCCGACCCAGAGAUAUUCAAGCCAGAUAGGUUCAUGAAGAAUGGUAAAUUGGACAGACUACCGGAUUCAUUCCUCGCUUUUGGGUCUGGACCAAGAUAUUGUAUAGGACGCAGAUUUUCGAUGGUAGUCGCGAAAGCAGCCAUGGUCACUCUACUGACAAAUUUCAAGUUUACGAUUUGUCCUAAAACCAUCUACCCACUUGGAAUCUCUAAAGCUGAGAUUUUAUUCAAUCCUGAAGAAGGUGCUUGGGUGCGAGUUGAAAAAAUA